UUCACUUCCUCCCCACGCGAGCUGCUUGCUACAUGUGAGUUCUUGUGCAUCACUAGAUCCAUCCACGUUUUAAGCCAACUAGUUGCUCAUUUAUCAACAUAUGGUUCUUUGUAGCUCGACUAUGGAUUCAGCCGAAGAGGAGUCGCUUCACGGUCAGAGUUCAGAUGAGGAAGGCAGUGAAUUGUCGGACGGAGAGCUUCAAGAAGCCUUCGCUAAAGGACUGCUGAAACCUGGGAUGAAUGUUAUGGUAGAUAAGAAAAAGAAGUUUAUCAACAAUGUGGAGGGGUUGAAGCAGUGCCUUGCUGACUUCCGCAAAGAUCUACCUUGGGUGGAGAGGUUAGACUUGACCAAUCCUCCAGCUCGUGACAUCCUCUCCAACGCUGAAGAGAAAGUGUCUGCUGGAACCAAUGGGGAAAUUGAUGCCGAAGACGAUUUCCAAAGAGAAAUGGUCUUCUACCGCCAGGGCCAGGCUACAUUACUCGAGGCACUGCCUCUACUUAAAGUGCACAAUAUAGCCACCAAGAGGCCUGAUGACUACUUUGCAGAGAUGGCCAAAUCAGAUCAGCAAAUGCACAAGAUCAGGGCAAAGCUGCUCACUAAACAGAUGAUCCUGGAAAGGUCUGAAAAGGCCAAAAAGCUGCGUGAGCAAAGGAAAUUUGGUAAAAAGGUCCAAGUAGAGGUCCUUCAGAAGAGACAGAAGGAGAAGAAGGCUAUGAUGUCAGCUGUGAAGAAAUAUCAGAAAGGAAUGACUGACAAACUGGAUUUCUUGGAAGGAGACCAGAAAACAGCCAGAAAUCCUUCUGAUGGAUCAAAGAAAGUUUUAAACAAAAAGGGUCCCAAUGCUAAGCGGAAAUACAAGGACCAAAAGUUUGGCUUUGGGGGUAAAAAGAGUGGAAAGAAAUGGAACACCAAGGAGAGCUUCAACGAUGUUUCAGGUUUCCGUGCCAAAAUCGCUCAUGACAAGGGAGGGAGGAAAGGCAAAGGAGGAAAUAAAAAUAAACGCCCAGGCAAGUCUGUUCGCAGGAAGAUGAAGAGUCGCUCUUAAACCUGACUGGAUUGGGAGCUCAUUACCUGGACAGGAUUAAGCAUGACUGUGCAAUCCAGACUGUGGUUACAUGUAUAUAUUUUAUACAGAAUUAUUAAAUGUGGAUUUCUGAAUGGAUGUAGACAACAUGAAUCCCUUUUAAAAACACUUAGAGCUGGGUCCUAUCAAGACACAAAUGGAACUGCAUUGUGCCUGUAUAAAGUACAGCAGUGUUGUACUCCACGCAUCUUGGAAACUUAAAAAAAAAAAAAAACAUGGAAUAUGUUUAUCAUAAAAUUUCUCUUCAGUAUCUGCUCUGGUCCCUGGACUGUCUAAUGGAUACCGUGUAUUCUGAAUUUUGGGAAAUUGUUUUAUUUUCCUCAUUCAGCUCCGUGGCUUAAUUGAUUCUGUCUUAUCUGACAUGACAUUUGGUUUAUGAGCUGCUGUCAGUUUUGUCCUUUAUAGUUCAUUAGUGUGAUCAAUAUGUAAUUUGCUUUGACUUGGGAUUUACCUUGCAAAGAUGCCUUUUUGGAAGAAGGAAAAAAAGACUUGGAAGAAUAAAAUAAAUCACUUUUUUAGGUCUAUUUUGAGCGUAGUUUGAGAUUUUGAGUGUCUGUGAUAUCUGUCUUGCGCCUCCGGAAGUCGAAUCGCGGGUCUUGAAUGUUCUUUUCCAUCUAAGGAGAAAAAUGACAGAAUUAUGAAUGCUAAUUAAUCUCAUUAGUUCAGAUAAACAAUUGUUUGCAUAAAGAACAUUACAAGGGCUAAAAUGUAAAUGUUUCUAUUUCUGAUGUUUAUAGGUGUAGCUAAAACCUCAAACUGAAGCAUCAUAGGUGCCUUGUAUCUUCUAAGACGACCUGUGGUCUCAUUUAAAUAACUUGUAUUCACACAAAAUAGGCCUGAAAAUUGCAUAUAUCGACUUCCACGCAAAGGUUGUGACUUACAAAAAAGCAAAACUUAAAUUUUUUGUACUUCAUCAUUAGCAAAGGUUUAUUGUUUCUGUUUGUGAUGCUCCUGUCAAAUAAAAUUAAAUGCGGUGGUCCUCAA